AAACAUAGUUGAGAAAAUUAACAUAAGAAUGGCUAUAAGCAAAAAACAUUUAAUCGCAUUUUUUCUCACUAUCAUCAUGGUCAUAUCUUUGGUUCAAUGCUCUGAUAGCUUUCCUGGUUUCGGAAUCAAGCAAGAGUGGAAAAAAUGUUUUAGUCAUGACCCUUGUAAAAAAGCAGGGACUCAAGGCUGUAUGGAGUUUUGCAGAGAUAUAAGCUUUUUAUUAUAUGGUGAAUGUACUCCCACCCAAUGUUGUUGUAUCUCUAAGACAAAAUAAUCUAUUACUAAUAAUUAUUAUUUCCAAAAGUUAAUAUCAUUAGCUUCUCUUAAAGUUUGUGAGAAACAAUAUAUUUCUUCUUUUUGUUCUUUA